UUCUGUGUUAUAGAAAUACAACGAAUACUACGUCGACCCUCCCAGACCAAAAUCCAAAACGAAUAUCAAAAAUAUUCAAGAUUUUAUACAUCACGCCAAAAAAAUGGUGGCUAAAGAAAAAUUCCUACCGAUUAAUCUGAAAAGAGCUAUGUUACUAAGCGAUGUAUUCACCGAGAAACGGAAUCAGCUCAAAUUUCAAAAAGUUCUCAAACAAAUGGAAAAAGAACUCGUAGAAAAAGAAAACAAGCAAAUCGUCGAACAGAUGGACAAUUACAAAAUGGAGCAAUUAAAGAAACGAGAACUCGAACUGAAUAAUAAAGUUUUGCUAGGAAAGAGAUUGAAAAAUGAAAUUUUGGAAUUGAACGUGAAAAAACGAAAAGAAAAAUUGAAGCAGAUUGAAAAAGAACGCGAAGAGAUUUUCAAAAUUAAUCAGCAACUGGAAGAAGAUGAAAAAAAUGGCAAAAAUAAGAUCAUUGAAACGAAACUAGCCAUCGAUAAAAUGCAUCAACAAGAUGUUCAAGCAAAAUUACAACAAUUUGAAGCAUAUAAAAAGUUAGAAAAGGAAGAAUACAAUAUCGCCGAAGCUCAGCGAGAAUUUCUCGAUGACAUGAAAGAAAUGCGAAAUUCCAUUUUGAAAUCAAUUCAUGUAAAAAAACCUCCAAAAAUCGUCUUCGAUCAAAUAAACUCAGAAAAAGAAGUAAUACGACGAUGUUAUGAUUUACCAUUAGUGAAAAAAAGUAAACUGGAAGAAAAACGUGAACUGUAUUCGAAACACCUCAAACAGGAUCGAAUCAAAGGCUACGAAAUUCAAAUAAAUGAACUCACAAAAUACAAAAAAGACGAACAAAAUGACCGAAAAAACGAAUACAAACGUCGAUGUGAAAAUAUCAAGACUACGAAUGUAUUCAAACAGUUGAAACAUCGUCACGUGCUCGAAAAAAUCAAAGAAUAUAGAAAUAUUUGGAAUCACCAGCUGAUAGAGAAAAAACAAUCCGAAGAUGAAAACAAACAAGAGGAUGUCCAAAGACGAGAAAAACUCUUGGAAAAAAUCCGUCGAGAAGACGAAAAGUACUUGAACACAGUGACUUCUGUUUUAGAAGACUACAAAAGACAAGACAAAAUCAUCCAACCAAUUGUUAAAUGCUUAAGAAGUGGAUAUUGUUCGUGAUGAAUAAAACUCGACAUUAUUUUGAAA